GUCCUUAUUUGUCAUGAUGGAGCUCAAGCCCAGCAUGGCCAGUUUAUAGUUUGAGCCCCGGUCAGUUCAAGAGACAACGUACUCUCGCGUUGUUCACCGUCAAGCCCCUCUGACAGUCGGGACUGGUCUCAUCACAACAUCAUCAGGGCGUUUCAGGCAACGCUCAGACGACCAGUAGCGGCCCCCCCUUAUCUUGGUAUCGGUCCACCCUGCAUGGGACAGCAGUUCCUCUCCAGACAGAUGACAUGAAAUGUUGAAGUUGUAAAAAUGAACAAACCCAAAAUGGCCACAGAGAAAGGCGUUCCCAGUAACUCCAGAGUGCUGAUGCUCCUGGGCCAACUGGAGAGGAUGAAUGGAGAGGCCAUGAUGAGGGAUGUCGAAACGGCAAGACAGGUCACUGCAAAGAUAUUUCAUCUCAUACAGACACAGGAGAAGAGCGGAAAAGAGGUGAUGUCCAAAGGCUCCAGUGGCAUGGAGGUCAUUCUGGCUUCACUGGAGAACACCAGGGAUGUCCAGACCACUCUGAACAUUUUGUACAUUCUCAGUGAGCUGCUGACUGUGGGCAGAGGUCGCAGGGUUGGAGUAUUUGUGUCUAAAGGAGGAACAGGAGUAUUAUUCCAGAUUCUGAUCACUGCAAGUAAAGAGCUGCCUCCCAGUGAAGAACUCAUGCUGCAGCUUCACUCGCUGCUUGCCAAGGUUGGCCCAAAAGACAGAAAGUUUGGAGUGAAGGCGCGUUUGAGCGGAGCGCUGAAUGCCACAGUCAACUUAACGAAACAGAACCUACAGAAUACCAAACUGCUUCUGCCCUGCCUGCAGGUUCUCAGGGUUUACUCCACCAACUCGGUGAAUGCUAUUUCUUUGGGCAAAAAUGGAGUGGUGGAGCUCAUGUUCAAGAUUGUGGCGCCGUACAGCAAGAAGAACACCAGCCUGCUUAAGGUGGCUCUGGAUGCACUGGGAGCACUGCUCAAAUCCAAGACCAACGCUCGCCGUGCAGUGGAUGGUGGACAUGUGCACGUCUUGCUGGCUCUGUACCAGGACUGGCAUCAAAAUGACACACGGCAUCGCCACAUGCUGAUUCGCAAAGGGCUGCUGGUCUGCCUCAGGAACAUCACCAACAUCAAGCUCGGCAGGAAGGCAUUCAUAGACGCUGAUGGCAUGAGGAUCCUUUACAACUCGUCCACCGAGUGUCUCCCGGUGCGGACUCUGGAUCCACUUCUCAACACCUCGAGUCUCAUCAUGAGGAAGUGUUUUCCUAAGAACCGUCUGCCGCUUCCCACCAUCAAAUCAGCCUUCCAUUACGAGCUGCCACAUGUUCCUGCUGUAGGGCCUGUGGCGCAACUGUACAGCCAGCCACCUGGGGGAAGAAAAAUGCAUCAGCUCUGCGACAGGCCCUUAAAGAAGGUGGAUGAUGUGGUGGAUGAAAGUGACGAUAACGAGGAGACAGACGCGGACACAGAGAACGAUACUGAGAAUGAAGAGGACGAGAAAGAUCAACGCACUGCGACUUUACAUUUAGUUAAGUCUUUGUGUCCUUUUGAUCAGAAUGAUGACAUCGAGACGGACCUAAACAAGCUACAUCCCAAAAAGAACCCGGGACGUCCCUUCGAGGAAUUGAGGGUCUAUGAGAGGUUCUUCUUGGAGCUUUCUGAAGACUUCCAGGGUUAUAACUUUGAACCAUCAAAGAGUGCCUCUUCCACAUCAUCAUCGUCUUUCUCCUCAACUCGAUCCAGUCGGCCCAUCAUAGUGCCGACAGCUCAAGCCCUGUCCCCAAAGCACGUCCCCAUAACGAGCUCUCUGGAGGAUCGCAACCCUACCAAAGGAGAUCACAAGCCGCCGUCUCCUUCUGUGCCCGCUCCUGCUCCUCCUGCUCCUCUAACGCCUCUAGAACUGGACACCAUCCACCUCACCAAGGACCAAGACAGAAAAGAGGAAGCCCACAUUCCUUCCCCCGACACACAUGCAACAUUGUCCUCCCUCACCAAGGCUCCUUCUCAAGCGCAGAUGCUAGAGCAGGACCUAGCACAUGUGUUGGAGUGUGUCUCUCUAGAAGCAGAGGGGGCUCUGAACACAGGAGAAGAAGUAGGAAGGGAAGUCAAACAGGAGGGAUCCCCAGUCAACGCCACAAGGCACAUACAGUCCCCACUGCUCUUGGGGGGCAUCACUACUCGUCGUGUGGGAGGAGGAGGAGGCAGUAACUGGGGUUCAGAUUGUGGCUCCGAGGGAGCCGAGGAUGAAGCAGGGGAAGGAGCCGUUCUGGAGGUGCCAGACACGGCGCUGCUCCUCCCGCUUCAUGACCCCGACCUUUACGUGGAGAUGGUGAAGGGAACACACUCCGUACCCCAGUACGCUGAAGUAGCUUACCCAGACUACUUUGGCCAUGUCGCCCCAACAUUCAGGGAGCCCCUUCAGGAGAGAGUUUAUGGUGUACAGAGGUCUAAAAUAUUCCAGGACAUUGAGAGGUUAAUUCAUCCCAAUGAUAUUGUGGAUAAAGUAGUCUACGACUUGGACAUUCCCAGUUGUCCCGUGAUUGAAGACAGUGGCGAAUCACUGAAGUUCAAUUCUCAGUUUGAGUCUGGCAACCUCAGGAAGGCAGUUCAAAUGAGGAAAUAUGAGUAUGACCUUGUGCUGAAUUCAGACAUCAACAGUAAUCACUACCACCAGUGGUUCUACUUUGAGGUCAGCGGCAUGCGCGUUGGAACCACCUACCGCUUCAACAUCAUCAACUCUGAGAAGUCAAACAGCCAGUUCAACUACGGCAUGCAGGUGCUGAUGUACUCUGUGCAGGAGGCGAUCAGUGGCAGGCCUCGCUGGGUCAGAACAGGAACCGACAUCUGUUACUACAAGAAUCACUUUGCUCGGAGUUCCAUUGCAGCAGGGGGUCAGAAAGGGAAGUCCUAUUAUACAAUGACCUUCAGCACAAGCUUCAGCCAUAAGGAUGAUGUCUGCUACUUUGCCUAUCAUUACCCGUACACAUACUCCACUCUUAAGAUGCACCUUUCCAAACUGGAGGCUUUGAGGACCUCACAGAUCUACCUGAGACAGGACGUCCUCUGUGAAACUCUGGGGGGAAACAGCUGCCCCCUUCUCACCAUCACUGCAAUGCCAGAAUCCAACUCUAAUGAUCACAUCUGUCAGUUUAGGAAUCGUCCAUUGAUCUUCCUGUCGGCCAGAGUGCACCCUGGAGAGACCAACGCCAGCUGGGUAAUGAAGGGCACGCUGGAGUUCCUGAUGGGCACCAGCCCACUGGCAGCCAGCCUGAGAGAGGCCUACAUCUUCAAGAUAGUCCCCAUGCUCAACCCAGACGGAGUUAUAAAUGGAAAUCAUCGUUGUUCUCUGAGUGGAGAGGACUUGAAUCGCCAGUGGCAGAACCCCAAUCCUGAGCUCCACCCCACCAUCUACCACACUAAGAGCCUGCUGCAGUACCUUGCACACAUACAAAGGGCCCCACUGGUGUUCUGCGACUACCACGGUCAUUCCAGGAAGAAGAAUGUGUUCAUGUACGGCUGCAGCGUGAAAGAGACAGUCUGGCAAUCCAAUAUCAGUGCUACGUCCAGCGACUUACAAGAGGACCUUGGAUACAGAGCGCUUCCUAAGAUCCUGUCCCAGAUCGCCCCGGCCUUCAGCAUGGCCAGCUGUAGUUUUGUUGUGGAGCGCUCCAAAGAGUCAACAGCCCGUGUUGUUGUAUGGAGAGAGAUAGGAGUGCAGCGCAGCUACACCAUGGAGAGCACGCUGUGUGGUUGUGACCAGGGAAAAUAUAAGGGUCUUCAGAUCGGCACCAGAGAGCUGGAGGAGAUGGGAGCUCAGUUCUGUGUGGCCCUGCUGAGGCUGAAGAGGCUGACGGGGAACCGCAAUCACCAAUACCUGCUGGAUUUAGAGAGCGAUAUCAUUGGGACUCAGUCUAAAGUGGUCAGCAGCAGCCCCACCACCUACGUGAUGGAGGAGGAUGAGCCGUCCUUUCUGGAGGCGAUAGACUACAGCGCCGAGAGCAACGAUGAGGACGCCGAGCCUGAAAACGAGCUCGCCCCCGAAGUCCAAGAGAAUCCCAACCACCUCGAUCAGCUGUCGGACUGCGAGACGAAUCACAGGGACUAACGCUGAAGUGUUAAUCUCCCUGAUAUCUGGCAAUUUGAGUUUCUAACCAGCCGGUGCUUGGAUUGUCAGCUGAUCUAAAAAUGAAAUAUUCACAGGUGAAAUAGUUAAAACACACUUCUCACUUUGUGAAUAAAUAGCUUAGAUUUAACACCGUAUAUAGACACUUAAGGAUGCUACGUAGGCUACAUUGAGGUGCUCCUUCCCCAGAUGGAUUGAUUUUGUUGGCCCACUGGAGACUACUGUGUUGCUCUAUGAAUGUUCUCACCUUUCACCAUCAUACUAUAACCUUCAUGGACUGUAACCCCUGACCUCAGACACCAUAUAGCCUCUGAGAUUCACUUAUAGCUAGCAAGAGCAGCAAACAGCAGGCACCGCCGCUCCUUAACUCCAACCCUUGUCCACAUGCUCAUUUCCUCACAGCCAAUCUUACACUGAAGCUACCUGACCAGGCUGUGGUAGUGUUAUAGAGCCAGUGGCUUCUUAAAGGUACUGUUAUUGAAACUCGACUCUCACACAUCACUUUGUGUUUGGUUAAAACUUAUUUCCUUUUUCCUUCCUUUCUUUAUUCUCACCCGGCACUUUAACUUUUUAUUCCUUUUGGGGACACUUCCUUGUGUCCUUCCUCGCUUGCAUCCUUCCUUACAUUUUUUCUGACAAGGUAGUGGUGUCUAAACGGGAUGCAGGGAUAAAAAAAUAAAAUAAACCUACUCCGAUAUAUCUACACUUGAGCUGUGACCUCACUUCCUCCAUUAACCCCUCCGUCUUUGGCCGGAGUGCUCAUGGUCAGAUUAUCUAUGUGCUGUUUGCCUUGCUUUAUCCAGAACUGAAACUAUUUAUAUUAAUCUAAUGUAGAAUGUUCACGUCUUUAUCAAGACAAACCUUGUACUAUAAAAAAUAAUGCAGAUAUAAACCACAAACUAACUAAGAUAUUUGAGAUUCUAGGGUCUUGUACAGCAUCAAAAACAUGAAGAUGGCAUGUUAAAUACCCACAUGCACUGUUGGUGUUUUUAAUAAUAGACCGUAUUUAAAUGACAAAGCAGUUAGGAACAAAACACAUGAGCUUCAGAGAGCAGAAAACCCUUUUGCACUUUGGAUAAACACUACACACAAAGAGAAAACAAACUGAUUCACUUUGCAAUGUCACAGUUUGCAAACCUCAGCUUCAGUCACCUCAUUAUUUUAAAGUUCUCAGAGUCCAGUCCAAAGCUAGUGGUAACAUUGCUGUGAUGUUUUUAAAACUAUACUGGAAUUUAGUUUCCUUUUUUUAUCUGUUCCUGAGUUCUAUAUGUACAUUUUGUGGAUUUGCUGAGGAGAGACACAUGCAUUAACACAGACGGUGCUUUGUAACGAGAGUAUAAUGUAGUUUGUUUGAUUAUUUCUUCAUUUGUUCAUGGAGAUGAGGUACUUUUCUGUUGCAUUUGUACAGCUAGCGCAUGGCUAUUUUCAGUUGUUUUUGAUCUGUAAUUUAUUAAGUAUUGUUUUCUGGGAUGCAAACUUGUAUGUAUAUGAGGCUUUUUUGAGUGUAUGAGUGAAAGUGUGUUUGCAGAAGUUAUUCCAUUAUUCAGCUCAGCUAAUGCUCUUACAGUGUUUUUCUUAUUUCAAUUUGAUUAUCCUCUCUCUCUCUCUCUCUCUCUCCCCCCCACUCCCCCUGAACAGUUUCUCUCUCCUUCCCUCUAACCUCCUUCAUUCCCUUGUUUUCUAUCCUUCUCUUGGCUCUACUUACUUUCACAUUUCACUCAUCAACAACUUACAAACCCAGGGAGGUCACUGUUCUUGGCUCGCCGGUGUGUCUAUGGGAUAUAUAUAUAAUGUGAAUGAACGUCCCUGUGAGAAUUGUGUAUGCUGUUAUAUUUAUGUUUGUCCUUUGCAGUUUACGUCGGGCUUCUUUUGUCUUAUGUUCGUUUCGAGGAAAACAAGCAGUGAUAGCGAUUCAUUUUAAGUUGAUCGUAACGCAGAAAAUGAAGAUAUGGGAAAUAAAAUGUGAAU